AAGGCAAUCCAAUCCAGCGUGUGUCGUGGCUGUCGAAGCUAUUGUUUGGUCUUUACUACAUUUUGGCGUUUCGUACGUUGAUUGCUGGAUGCAAAUGUUGGAGCACUAUCGGCAUUGUGCGUGUUUUGAGAGCAUGAAUAACGGUGCGUGUGGUGGGUGUGCUUAAACGAACGGGAGAGAAGACAUUUGUCAUCCUUCAGUGCACUGCUGCCACGGAUCCACACCACUUGUGCCGCAACAGCUGCACAUCGGAGAACAGCGAAGAAGCACAAAUAAUAUUAUUAAUAAUAAUAAAAGUUAAUGAUUCAGGAAAAUCACGGCACCUCAAAAAAACGACAGCCCGUACCAUGGAGGCAUAUCUUCCCAUACUUCGGACGCACGUUUUGGGCGUUUGUGAACUCUGUCGAGUCCGACCUGAGAGUAGUUUGUGCCCCGUGCGUCUCUCCGGUGUCUUCGAGAGUCGUACCUCUCUCCGAGGGGUGGUGCUUUCGGGAGGCAGUGACCGCUUGCCGCGUCCUCAACUCGGAGUGACAGCAGACGCUGGCGAUCAGCAGUGCUCGCUUCGAUCCUUCUCUAUGAAAGUAUGAAGCCCAAGUCGCGCGCUUUUGGAAUCUUGAAGCAGACGACGCAGGCAAGCAGGUCGACCAUCUGGCCAUGGUCCCAAAGAAAAUAUAGUGAAUGGCACAUUUCUGCCUUGGAGAAGGGGUCUUGUCUACCAGACGAGUCAACAGUUUGGGUACCGUCCGAGACAUCGUGGUGGGACAAGCGUGUGGAGUUUGAAGACAUCGAGAGCCAGACCACAACCCUGGAAGGCGAGGCAGAAGGAUGGCAUCCCAAAACACCGCCACGACAGGAGAACAGGCACCAGUGUCGCCUGUGCCCUUACUACAGCCGCAGUGUGGAUCGCGUCAUCAAUCACGAAAGGGCACACACUGAACGAAAGCCCUUCAGCUGUCACAUCUGCCAGAAGACAUUUUCCUCUAAACAUCUAUUAGGCCCUCACAUAAGGAUUCACACGGGCGAAAAGCCAUUCCGGUGCGGGGUGUGCCCAAAGGCGUUUACGCAAAAGUCUAGCUUGGUGCGUCACACCAGGGUCCACACCGGGGAGAAACCCUACAGGUGCAACAUAUGUGGGGGCUCAUUUGCAGACGUAUCCUACUUUUUGCGUCACAAACGAACUCAUUACAGAAGGUGACCACGCCGGUGUGAGACCCGUGAAACCGUAUUUAAGCAAAGAGCUGAUGUGUAUCAAAAGAGGCGCCGAUCGUGAUGGACACCAGUCGCACGAUAACUCUGGAGAAGGUUUGUGUGCAAGAUAUGUUUAAGGUUUUACUGUUGGCUUCACUGCCUGUCAAAUAUAUUUUUGGCAGAGAAAUGCAGGGUGCAGCUUUUUUAGAGUUUCAUCUGUGAACAUGUUUCGUUAAUACGGAUCUCCUUAAUGCAAACAACUCACUAUAUAGACAAAAUGUUAAAGGAAGUCUCCGUAUUAACAAGGUAUGACUAUUGUGAUUGCCACUCCAGGAAUAGUAACAAUACCGCUUUCCUGGCCCAUUUUCGUAUUGUUGUUUCUUUGUUAGUGAUUUGCACCCAACGCCUUAACGGGUUGUAACUGUUCUUUUCUUCUUUGGGUAUAUGCCAAGUUAGAUUGAACUUCAUCAUGAACUGAGAUAACACAUGUUUACUGAAGAUAUCUCAAAUCUCUUCUAUGGAUUUCAACAUGUAGACCUUGCAUAAAUAUAUAAUCUUUC